AAAUGAAAAUAUAUAUAUCAUCAGAAACGCUAAACUGUUUUCACAGCAAAUUCUUCUCUGUGAUACAUUAGCUGAGUUUAGAUUAAAAUUGAAGGUAAAUUAUGUCGCAACCAACACCAGGAAGUGCUCGUGCACCAGCUAAAACUGCAACGACAGCAGUAGCAGCAGCAUCAUCAUCAUCAUCGAGUGGUACAGCAGCUCCUGUUCACGUGCAAGAAUUUGCCGUUCGAAUUCCAAAGAACCUCAAAAAAAUGCACCAUGUGAUGCGUUUCAAUGCAACACUUAAAGUGGACUUUGCUCAAUGGAAAAACGUAAAAAUGGAACGUGAAAAUAAUAUGCGAGAUGCUCGAGCAAUGGAAGAAGAAAUGCCAAAAUAUGGUGCUGGUUCUGAAUACAAUCGUGAUCAAAAAGAAGAAUUUCGACGGAAAAAGUUUGGCUUUGCUCCACGUAAAUAUAAACAAGAAGCUCAACCAUGGAUUUUGAAAGUUGGUGGCAAAUCGGGCAAAAAAUUCCGUGGAAUUCGUGAAGGUGGUGUUGGUGCUUAUGCAUCGUUUUAUGUUUUCGCACACGCUCCCGACGGUGCUAUUGAAGCGUACCCAUUGAAUGAAUGGUAUAAUUUCCAGCCAAUUCAACGUUACAAAGCACUUUCGGCUGAAGAAGCUGAACAAGUAUUUGGCCGUCGGAAUAAGGUUAUGAAUCACUUUUCGCUUAUGAUGCGACAUCGUUUGAAGGGUGACGAAGAAGGACAAGAUGAUCCAGAAGAGGCGAAACUGAAAUUGUCUGGCAAAAAGGGAAAAGAAUUCAAAAUUAGCGAUGCCGAUGAUAUCAUGAUGGAUUCAGACGAUGACAGCGAUUCGGAUGUUGAAGAAAAGAAAGAGGAUGAGAGUGACACAGAUUCAAAGAAAAAGAAAGGUAAAAAGCAACCGCCGAAAAAGAAGAAGAAGAAGCAAGGCAGUGACGAUGAAGCAUUCGAAGAAUCAGAUGAUGGUGAUGAAGAAGGUCGUGAAAUGGAUUAUAUUGAAUCAAGCGAUUCAGAUGAAUCUGAUCCUGAACUAGUGAUGGACAAAGAAAUGAAGUCAGUUGCCGAAGAAGAUGGCCUGCGCAAAUUGCUUAAUUCGGAUGAAGAAUCUGAGGAGGAAAAGAGCUCAAGCGAUGAAUCAAGCAAAGAAGAAGAAAAGAAAAAAGAUGUGAAAGAAAAAGAAACAAAAGAUAAAAAGAAGUCAAAAUCGAAGAAACCCAAAGAUGGUGACAAAAAAGAAUCGCUCACUGAUUUGAGUUCAGAUAGCAGUGAUUCGGAGGCUGAAUCAAAGAAACUACGAAAAUUGAAUGGUAACAGUGCGAACAAUUCACGAUCAGCAUCACGAUCGGCAUCACCAAGCAUAGAUUUAUUGACUGCCGGCCCAAGUGGAUUAAAACGAAAAUUACCAUCCGAUUUAGGAUCAGGAGGUAAUAGUAACGGUGCUUCUGAAAAUAGCAAUAGCCCAAAUGUUACACCAGCCAAGAAAACGAAAUACGAUACACCGCCGGCAUCUUUUGCUGGAGUCAUCUCGAGCAAUAGAGAUGACAAUGGUAUCACCGAAGAGGCCGUUAGACGUUAUUUGAUGCGUAAACCGAUGACGACAACCGAACUGUUGACCAAAUUCAAAAAUAAGAAAACUGGCGUGUCAAGCGAAAAAUUGGUUGAGACAAUGACUCAAAUUCUCAAGAAAAUCAAUCCGGUCAAACAAACCAUUCAAGGAAAAAUGUAUCUUAGCAUUAAGAAUAAGUAGAAAAAUGAUCAACAGCAAUGAAACAACGAAUAAAAUUUUGCGAAUAUUUGCUGGUUGUGCAAAUGAAGCAAUGUGAUGUUGCAUAUACUAAAAAAAGCUAAAUUAUAUUUUUGUUUGAAAUAAAAAAAAACUGAUGAGCGUGUAGCUUGUAGUUUAAACUCGUAAAUAACGAGAGAAAAAAAGAAA